UCUACAUUAAGUUCAGCGCGUAAUGUCACGUUGAUUUCCACACACGACAAAAGCAAAAGUUGAAUCUAACAGUCGUGAAAAUUGAUGGAUUUAUAGUGAUUUUACUAAAGCUAAAACUCCAUUGUCAAACCCUCGCAUUCUUCUGGUAAACUCAAUUGGCUUCACGCCAUUUCCAUCCAAGUUUAAAGCUUUUUUUUUUUCCACACAUAGCGAAGAGCUCCAAGACGGACUAUUAGCUCUUCAUCUUCAGCACUUGGGUAUCAUCACCAUUAGAUAUGGUCAAAGCUAUUAGGGUUCAUGAACUUGGUGGACCUGAGGUGUUGAAAUGGGAAGAUGUGGAAAUAGGAGAGCCAAAAGAAGGUGAGAUUCGUGUGAGAAACAAGGCCAUUGGACUGAACUUCAUCGAUGUGUACUUUCGUACAGGGGUCUAUAAGCCUCCUACAUUGCCCUUUAUCCCAGGUAGGGAGGCUUGUGGCCUUGUGACCGCCGUAGGUCCCGGAGUAACUGAUAGGCAAGUCGGGGAUGUUGUGGCUUAUGCUGGGAACCCGAUGGGCUCAUAUACUGAAGAGCAGAUCCUUCCCGCAGACAAAGUUGUACCUGUUCCGGAAUCCAUUACUCCAGUUAUUGCUGCAUCCGUGAUCCUUAAGGGCAUGACCACCCAGUUUCUAGUCCGCUGUUGCUUCAAGGUUGAACGCGGACACACAAUUCUUGUCCACGCAGCAGCUGGUGGGGUUGGAUCUCUGUUAUGCCAGUGGGCUAAUGCUCUUGGAGCCACUGUCAUCGGAACUGUCUCAACAAAAGAGAAAGCCACUCAAGCCAAGGAUGAUGGAGCUCACCAUGUCAUAAUUUACGGAGAAGAGGACUUUGUGGCCCGCGUUAAUGAGAUUACUUCCGGCAACGGGGUUGAUGUCGUCUAUGAUUCUGUUGGGAAGGAUACCUUUGAGGGAUCAUUGGCAUGCUUAAAGCUCCGUGGAUAUAUGGUGAGUUUUGGACAGUCAUCAGGGACGCCGGAUCCAGUACCACUAUCAGCUCUUGCAGCAAAAUCGUUGUUCUUGACGAGGCCAACUCUCGGGCACUACAAUGUAACCCAUGAUGAAAUAUUGGCGGCUGCAAAAGAUGUCUUUGCCAAUGUUGCAUCCGGUGUUUUGCGAGUUAGAGUAAAUCACACAUACCCUCUGUCUCAAGCAGCGCAGGCACAUGCUGACCUAGAGGGCCGUAAAACAACCGGUUCUGUUGUUCUUAUACCCUGAUUCUCACCGUCGCUCAUUGUUAUAUUAAUAGUUGGUUUGUUUGUUUGAAAAGACACUAGUAUAAAUAUACGUAUUGUAAUUUGUAUAGUUCUGCGCCUGUUUUGGGUUAAUUACCUAUGACCACGUCAUUAAGUAUACGUAUAUGUGUGCUAGUAUUAGCAAAAAGUUAAUUAUGUGCUAGCAAAAAGGUUAAUGUUUAUAGGUUUUGCAAAGCUCGGUUGGAGAGCAAAGAUGUGAUCUAGCUGCUUGUAGAGAAGUAAUGUGUAUCAUUACUCAUAGCAUGAGUAGUAUGUAUUAGGUUAUAUAUUGGAUAUAUGUUGGCCUUUUGUAAUGUGUGACAACGACUUAUGUGCUUUUCCUUUGCAUUUUGCUAUGGGGUAAUAUGGUAAUUAUAGAAA